CGUCUCUCUGGUGGACUUGGUGAACGGACUGAAUGACUAACUCGCAGGGGCUUUUUCACCCUGAUGGAUCCAGAGAGGAGUGAGUGACUAGCAGAGGUGCGGAGGUUUUUCAGGGAGAGAACAGGACACAUGGAAUAUGGCUCAUAUUGGCAAAACCCCACUGCGGAGGUCCUUCAGUGAGCACGUUAAAGUCUCUACCAACAAGGCUUGGGAUGUAUUCUGGAAGAGUGCUAGGGAGAAAAGGCUUUGGGAGAUCGAAGCAAAGGAGGCUUGCGAUUGGCUGAGAGCGGCCGGCUUCCCCCAGUACGUGCAAUUAUACAAAGAUUGCAGGUUCCCCAUUGCUAUAGACUGGGUAAAGAGUGAUCAUGGUUUCCUGGAUAAGGACGCGCUAGAUUCCCUCUGCAGGAGAUUAAGCACUUUAAACAAAUGUGUGGAGCUGAGGUUGGAGCUGGGCAGAUCAAAAAGACGGGGGGAGGGGUCAGAGGACGAGGAGCCCUGUGCCAUCAGCACAAAAUGGGCCUAUGAGAGGCGAACAAGGCGCUGGCGUCGCCUGGAGGGAAUGGGCUUCCUACAUUCACCGGACAGCCAGGGCAUGUCCCUGUGUGACGCCAAUGACCACCACGAGGUCUACUCCCUCCAUAGCACCAGCAGCACAGAGAGCGAGGGCUGUGAGAGCCCCAAGACGGCCAUUGAUGACCAGGAGACCAGCGGGAGCUCUUCUCGCUGCUCCUCCAUCAACAAGAUCCCAUCCCUAGACACUUCAUUUAGCGGGCCCCCCUCCCCAGGGGGUGAGACGCCCAGUUUUAGCAGCGCUGAGGAGCGCUUCCUUGACAAGCCCCCCAGGAAGAAGGGCCCCAGUCUGCUGAGGAAGAUGGAAAAACUGCGUCUGAGGGGCACGUACAACCUCCACUCCCCCACCCACAGUGGCCUCAGCAGGGCCAGGCUGGUCAUCUCUGGCCCCGUGCUCCAGGAUAGUCUGGAUGUCGAGCACAGGCUGAGACGGCUUCAGUGUCUGGAUAUCUCCACCCUGCGGCACAGGGAUAGGGACCGUCCAGGCAGCCAGGCCUCCUCCUCACCUUCUUCCCCCCACUCGGGCAGCAGCAGCCCCAGCCCUUCAGAGAGCAGCAGUACUGUCAGCACCCCCAGCCCCACCACCAGAGUACGCAGCAACUGCCGGGUCCGUGAACAGCACCAGGGGGGACUCCACAGAAACCCAGUCCGAGAGCACCAGGACUACAAGAACGACAGAAAUAACCAUGAGAGCCUGGUCUUCCAGAUCCCCCAGGGGCACAAGCCAGGCACAUUCCCCACAGCCCUCACUCACAACAACUUCCUGUUGCCCAUAGACAACACCUCCAUCAACUGGAGAACUGGGAGUUUCCACGGGUACCGCGGGAGACGGAGCAGGGGAUGUGCAGCGGCCAAGGACAAGGAUUCCACCUGCUGCAGCUCCCUAGCCUCAUUGGACCACCGGGUCAGUAUCUAUGACAACGUGCCAAUAGGCCAGGUGAUUGGCCAGGAGGUGGAGCAUCAUGGGGAGGCGGAGACGGGGGAGAUCAGUGAAAACGAUGAUGUCUUCUCCGCGCUGGACAGCGUGAUGGAGCGUAUCAUCGGCCUGCAGCAGCUCGUCAACACCUGGACAGACAAACUGUUGGAGGACGGUAAAUCGGAGACUAACCGCCGCUCCACACCCUCGCCCUGCCCCUCGUCCUCCUCCAAUCACAUCCACCUGGAAGUCAAGGAGGCAGAGGAUUUGGGGCCAGGAGCCAUGGAGGGGGAGGGUGAAGGGGAUGAGGAGAACCUUGAGAAGGAGUUUGUAGAUGGAGAUGACCCUGAGGCACAGUCACCACCAUGUAGCAUCAGACAGAGCCAGCACCACUGGUCCAGCGAGCAGAGUCUUCCAUCAGUUACCCCCAGCAGCUCAGGAGUCGAGGCCCAGUCUGUUACUCAGCUGCACCUUCUGCAGAAACUCUCCCUGCUUAAACUCACUGCUCUCAUGGACAAGUACUCCCCAUCUAGCAAGCAGGGCUGGAACUGGACAUUCCCAAAGCCUCCGAGGAAGACCAAAGCCCCAGAGCUGAAGGGCAGGAGGGUGUUUGGUGUACCCCUCCUCCACGGUGUGCAGCAGACAGGGGAACCACUACCUUCCAGCAUCCUCAAGGCCAUAAUUUAUCUGAGGAAAGAGUGUCUCGAUCAGGUGGGUCUGUUUCGAAAGUCGGGGGUGAAGUCACGUAUCCAGUACCUGCGCGACAUGGUGGAGGCGGACCCAGAGGCCAUGUCCUACGAGGGCCAAUCAGCUUUUGACGUGGCUGAUAUGGUGAAGCAGUACUUCAGAGACCUACCAGAACCUGUGUUCUCCAGCAAGCUCUGCAAGUCCUUCCUGCAUAUCUACCAAUACUUCCCCAAAGACCAGCAGUUCUGUGCGGCCCAAGCAGCCAUUUUACUCCUGCCUGAUGAGAACCGUGAGGCCCUGCAGACACUCCUCCUCUUCCUCCGAGAUGUGGUGGGCUGCGUGGACGAAAACCAGAUGACUCCCACCAACAUCGCUGUGUGCCUGGCCCCCUCCCUCUUCCAUCUCAACACCCUGAAGAGAGAGGACAACACAGCAAGGUCAAGCCACAGGAAGUACAGCCUGGGUAGGCCUGACCAGAGGGACCUUAGUGAGAACCUGGCUGCCACUCAAGGCCUGGCCCACAUGGUGACGGAGUCCCUGUGCCUCUUCAAGCUUCCAGAGUUCUGGCCGGGCCAGAGUGUGAGCAACCCCAGUGAGGAGGAUGUCUGGGUGGAUGUGGGUCGGAGUUCGCCCUCUCAGGGUGAGGAGGAGGAGCAGGAUGAGAGGGCCAGACUGGUACAGACCACCCAGCACCUGUUGAGAGAGGCCAGGGAGAAGAGUAGAGGCUGGGAGUCCUGCUCUGGACCAGACAAUGUGGACCUGGCUUUUAAGAAGGUGGAUGAUGGCUGGCCCCUGCGGUUGUGGAAGGGCUCUGUUGAGGUAGAUGCCCCCCAGAAAGAGGCCCUCCAGCGGGUCCUGAGGGAGCAUGGGCACUGGGAGAAGACCCUCAAACAGUCUGCAGUAGUCCAGACACUGACCAAGGACACCGAGGUCUACCGCUACCUCCUGCAAGGCCUGGGAUCCCGGCCGCCACAGGAGCACCUGCUGCUGAGGACCUGGCAGUCAGAACUGUCGGCUGGUCCUGCUUAUGUGUCGGCUGUGUCUACAGAGCACCGUGAGGCCCCCAUGGAGGGGGUGAGAGCCCAGGUCCUCUCUUGCCUCUACCUGGUAGAACCCCUGGGGGCUAAGAAGUCCCGACUUACACACCUCUGUCGUACAGAUACAAGGGGCCGGUCCCAGGAGUGGCACAACAGAGUGAGUGGACACCUACUGGCUUCCAACCUGCUGGCUAUCAGGGACUCCUUCAGACCUGACCAUAGAUAGAACACGAUCUGAGUCAUAGUCCCGAGACAGGCCUUGUUGAGCCAGAAGAGGAGAGAGAACAACACAAACAGAUAGACAGAAGCCUCCAGGCAUACAGCUGUAGCAGAGGAAAUGAAAGAGGGAGUAGAAGGAGAAGGCAAGAGG